AUGGAGGACGCGCAGACUCUACCCGCGGACUCAACAGAGUCCAUCCCCUUGAGAAGAGCUGCAGAUGCUUUGGCAUCUCAGCGGUUUGCAGGUGCCAUACAGUCAGGGCGGCCAAGAAAAUGGAGCAUUGAGAUGGGAAGUGCUGUAUCGGAAAUUUCCUCUAGACCAGGGGAGAAUGCUGGAAAUGCUGGGGCUCUUGGAAAUGGUGAGAAAUGGAGGGAAACUAGCAGAGUUGAGAAGGUCUGGGAGAAGUUGGAGCGGACGCUGAGACAGAUUGACCGAAAGAAGUCAGCUGAAGUUGCUCCAAUAGGUAGUGACGUUUUACCGGGGCUUGGAGCCCUGGAGAAUGGAGAGGAUUGUGCAAAGCGUUGCACGGUCUCUGAAGAAGUGAAGGCACUUGCAGAUAAAUUGAACGUGCGAAGGCCCAGAAGGCAGUCCUGGGAUGAGCAGGGCAACAACGCUGAGAGUGCAGAAAGCAGGGAGAGGCACAGCGUGGAGUUCAUGCAUGCAACAAGGAAGCAGUGGCAGCUAGUGAAAGGCGACAGCUUGCAGGCAUUGGCAGCAAUAGGUGCAUUGCACUAUGAUAGAACUGCUGAGAGCACGUUCAGAGCAGGCUCUGAUGAGCUGGCCAGGAGUUCAACUCUCGUACAUGAGCCUCCCAGACUAGAAUCUGGACUUGUCACAGAGACCAGCAAUAAGCCAAAUUUAGAAACAUUGGAUCAAAUGCACAAUCAGGAGUAUGGUGAGGCUACAGAGUCGAGACAACCGGGGAGCGAGGCUGGUGUGAGGGAGAGGCUGGUGCUGCAGAGAGUGGAUGGACGGCUCAGAUGGACUCCUGAGGGCGGCUCUCCGGUAGAUGAGGGCAUUGCUGAGCCUCGCCCCGGGCAAUGGGAGCCAGAACAGAAAGGUGGUGGAUCUAUAAACCAAGCAAACGCGAUAGAAAGUAAACCGCGUAGAGCGGUGCAAGAGAUUGGGGGUCAGUACACAGCGCCAAGCAGUGAGCAUGAAACUGAAACACGCCCCGAGCACCCUGCUGGCAGGAACACUGGAGGAGCAACGUCAGUGUCUCAUGAGCUCCUGCGGCUCACGUCUGUGGCUGAGAGCAUCCGCCGCCGUGCGGCGGGCGGCGUACAGAUUACAUCUAGUUCUUCCCGGCGACCUGAAAGCGGAACUUCGGCCCUUAGAGUCGCCAGAAGCAUGCAGGAGGCGCAGGGUCUGGUGCUAGGGGCGAUAAGGAAGCAGCGGGAGCUAGUCUCGGAGUUAACCCCCAGCUCGGUCAAGGCGUCUGCGGACUCGUCAGUCAGUCCAUCAAUCAAUUCACAGAGGGAAGGGUUGAAUUUGAUGCAGAGAGCUUGGACUGGAGAGCAAGUGGACAGUGAAGUCGUCAUCCGGAUCCAGAUGAGGUCGCCACGUGGCAGACAGGAGAUUGUUUCGGCAGGUGAAGGGGUCGGCGGAGGGGGGGCGAGUUCAACCGGAAAGUAUUUGCACGAGGGGCGGGUGAAACGAGAAGGAGAACGGGAACCACGCAGUCAAAUUGAAGAGAGUGGGAGAAGAGAUGAAAGAGGGGCCGGUCAAAGCGAGAGAGGGGCGUACGAAAGUGAGGUCAACGGCCGGCGAGGAAUUCGGGAAAGGAACGGAGUUGCGGUGCCGAAUGAAGUCAGACAGGAUGCAGACGAGAGCUCAAAUGGAAGUGGGCAGGCUGGGGCAAAUCCUAUUGAGACCAAAAUAGGUGGGCUGGGAGCGUUGGGAAACGCUGAGGAGGAGGGGUCGGCACAAUCGGAGGCAGAAGCAGGGCGUUGGUUUGACAAGAGAAGUGGGGCGGUUGAUCGGGGAGGUCUCGAAAACGAUGACGAAAGCACAGACGCGGUUGCAGUGGCUGCUGCAAGCCGUCACAAAACAGGGGGGCAAGAACAAGCGGAGCAAAGGGAGGGGGGUGGGAAGCUUCUUAGCGGAUUGAGGGACCGGAGCACAAGCAUGGGGCAGUUUGCGAGUGCAGAGAGUUCAGGAGCGCUCGAGCCGUCGCGUUUGGAAAAUGUGGGUGUUCAGGCUGAGAGUGCUGCCGCGGCAGACGUAAGAGAGGCGACGGAGAUCGAGCACGACAGACGCCAAAGCGAAGGAUGGGGUAAGAGAAGUGCCACACACCCAGACGAGGUUCUGGACGUAGAACGGGGUGGGGAGUCUCAAAGCGUUCUGGAGUUGGAGAUUGCUGCACCGUGCGAUGACGAACUGAAGGGUGGGGUAGGAUCCGCAAAGGACUUUUUCACGCCGAGAAAGGCCGGCGGGAAGGAGGAACAUCUGAGUGGCAACGAAGGGCGACAGAGAGAGGGUGCGAGCCCUGGGGGUGUCGCCAACUUCGACUCCCCUUCAUCUGCGGCAAACUUGGGCACCAGCCGGCCAGCAGAACUAGCGUGGGGAGGAAACGGCCAGGUGUCUGCGCGGGGGCUCGGCGAAGAGACUCCAGCUCAAAGUGGUAACCACACGACGGGUGGUUCCACAGUGACGUCGCCCUCGGAAGGGUUGACGUCACGGCCCGUGGGGUCGAGGCUGAGCCGGCCCACUGCCUUUGGCUGGCGGCCGUCUGGGGGAGAGUGGGGAGAAGAAGAGCCGUCUCUAAACCCGGGCAUCGCAAAUCCCGUAACCGUUAACCCUGCCAAAGGAAACCCUGCAAACGUAGAUUCUGCAACCGUAAACCGUGCAACCGUGGCGCGGCCGGCUGAGCGACGGCUGAGUUUGGAGAGUCUCCCGUUGGACGGAGAGCGGGCGGGGUUCGCGGCACGUGCCAAGGCAUGGAGGGAGCGGUUGGGCACGUGCGCAAUUGUCAGCAGCGCUUGGGGGCCUGACGGGGGCUGUAAAACAAAAAAGGGUUCGGUUAAAAAGGCUGGGGUUAAGGGCACGGGGGAGUGUACCGAGGACGUGGGCGCGCGUGAAAAGAGGAAUCGUUGCGAUCGGAAGGGUGGUUCCGGGGCGUGGGGAGCGGAAGAAUGGGCAGCGGAAAAGGAAGUGGAAGAGGAGCGUCAAGGGCGGUGGUUAGGGAGACCGGGGGAUGGCUCCGAGUGGUUAGAGGCUGGCUCGGAGAAGAUAAGGGCAUGGGACGGCGAUCUGCCCGGGGAAUUGGAGGGAGGCACUGCUGAUAAGCCUGGUGGUUCGGAGGAAGUUGCAGAAACGCUCCGUGUGCAGAACUCCGGUGCUGUUAACCGGGAAACGCUGAGGAAAAAACUGCCCGAGGGAAGGGGAAGGAGCAGAAGGGCUGCCAAACACCGUUACACGGGCUCCAAGAGCGCAAGUCCGUCGAGCGGAAGGGGCCGGAACGGACGGCCUUCUGCAGACUCGCGGAUCGGCCGAGAGAAACAGAAGCGGGGCGGGAAGCAGAGUCGGCCGGUGUCGGGAGAAUCUACCGGGCGGUCGAAGCCCGGGGGAGAGCGGUCGGAAUCGUUUUCUCCGAGGCGCAGCCGGUUCUUCGAAGCUGUUCCUGUCUCCCGGGAGGACAGGCGGAACGGAACGGAACGGAACUGGAAGACGGGGUGUGAGUCGAGCAGCGGGAGCAGCAACGGGGACAACUUCGAGCGCGAGACGUCCGUUUCCGCUGGCCCGGAGAGCGUCUCCCCGGAAGCGGAACGGAACGGCGGAACGGAAUUCAGGUUUGGAAGGGAGGAAAGACGGGGCCGGUCAGUGACUCGAAGUGAGCACCGGAGCCGACCGCGUUCGAGACUGUCGACCUCGCCUCGCAGUCGCAGUUACGAUCGGCGUUCCGCUCAGCGGAAGCGAACGGAAAUGCUGAGAGCGCGCCCGAAAACGGACGGCAGCGCACUCAGAGCGGUAGGGCGGGACGGAACCGGAAUCCUGAGGAAUGCGGAGGCUGCGACGAAGGGGGGUGAAGCUGUGCUUUUCGGAGGGGACGAAAAUAUGGAGAAGGUCGAUACUUCCUCAAAAGCGCCGCCGUCCCUUGAAACUCUGAUCCCUUCCGUAACGACAAUCUUGACCGAGAAUGAGGCUUGUAACGGGAAAGUUCCGCCGGAGUCAGGGGCGCGGACGGAGGACGGAUCAGCCAGCGCGACGAACGGCGUUGUAAAAGAGAAGAAGGUCUCGGGGCCGUUGCUUGACAGCGAUUCAGCUGGAGCCGAUCUCGACUCGAAUGGAAACGCAAGAGGGCCCCCGAGAUCGACUCUCGACCGGCUUACAGGGUCUGUGUCAGCGAGCAAAGGAGGGGAGUCCGCUGCAACGGAACAGUCUCGGAACGCAGCGGAAGACGCAAAUGUACAGCCGGAGCGCGACGAGGGGUUUGAGGUUUUGAAUGGCGGCCGCGUGGACGCGGCCGUUUUCUUGAGCGCGGCCGGGCGCCUCCGCGCGGCCGCGCAGCAGGUGCGCGCGUGGGUGGAGGUGGGGGAGCAAGCGAAGCUGCAGGGACUCACUGACACGAUUUUGGGUAUCUGCGAGGAAACGGCCCUGGCGGCGCUGAAAGCAGCGGGCACCGUGGAAGUUGCAGAGAAGGCGUCCCCACCGGCUCUGCCUUACAUGGAUUCCUUCUCCUGA